AUGAAAAAACAUCAAACCAGACAAAAGACGGUAAACGACCCAGUAAUUGUUUCACGUGUAAAGAACUACUUAGCGGAAAAUGUCGAUAAAACAUUUGUGGAUGUUAGUCAAAUGGCGCGGUCACUCAAAGAGCGAUAUCGCGAAUAUAACAAUAGGAGCGACAACGCUUUCUGUCAGAUGGUCGAAAGUGCUUAUAAAGUAGUGCUACAGAGUUACGGUUUAGACGGAGCAUCCACAUCGGAAGGAUCAGAGGAAGAGUCCGAUUUGGAGCUGUUGGACGAUAACAACAGCGCCUUAAACGACCGUUUACUAACAAUGUACAAUAUGCAAGACAAAAAGCGAUCGGCUUCUUCUCGACGCCAGACGGAUAAAUCUGGUGAACCUAUCGAUAUAAUAAGCAGUGACGAAGAGGGUGGUGCGGCGCCAAAACUUCCAAAAAUCAAUGAUCAAAUAACCAUAACCCCACAUAUUCCGGUUCGUAAAACAAAUAAUACCUCAGAAGCACCUCAAAAACCUGUAGUUUCUAACCCAGCAGACAAAAAGCGUAAACCAGAUACAAAAAGUGUAGCUACAAAAAAGAAAUUUGAGAUUGGCAUACCAAAGAAUGUUAAAGUUGGUUUUGAAGAUGUUGGGGGUUUGUCAGAGACAAUAACACAGAUCUGCGAUUUGGUUUUACAUAUGAAGCAUCCUGAAGUGUAUACAAAGUUAGGUAUAAAGAGUCCCCGAGGGGCAUUAUUGCACGGGCCACCUGGGACAGGUAAAACAUUGUUAGCCCAUGCUAUAGCUGGUAAAUUACAAUUACCCUUCAUUGCAGUUAGUGGAACUGAAUUAGUGGGUGGAAUGUCAGGAGAAUCUGAAGAGAGGAUAAGAGAGCUUUUUGAUCGGGCUGUUUCAGAAUCACCUUGCAUAUUAUUUAUUGAUGAAAUUGAUUCUGUUUGUGGAAAUAGAAUAAAUGCUCAAAAAGAUAUGGAAAAGAGAAUGGUGGCCCAAUUAUUGGCAUGUUUAGAUGGCUUAGCUGAGGAAAAUUCAUGUGUUUUAGUGCUGGCAGCAACAAAUAAUCCUGAUACUUUAGAUCCAGCUUUAAGAAGAGCGGGUCGUCUUGAACAAGAAAUAACAUUAGGUAUUCCUACACUAAAAGCCCGAAAAGAAAUCCUUACAAUUUUAUGUAAAAACUUAUCACUGAGUGAAGAAGUGGAUAUGAAUGUUUUAGCUCAAGUUACACCAGGCUUUGUGGGAGCUGAUUUACAAGCAUUAGUAAAUAAAGCAAGUACUUAUGCAGUAAAAAGGAUAUUCAAAGAUAUUCAACAAUUAGAAAAAGAACAAACUAAAAAAACUAUAGCAAAUAUCACCAGUGAAAUUUCAAAAGAUACUAUACCAAAUGGGGAAAAAGUAGAAGAACCUACAUCAAAUGUAACAGCAGACGAGACUGGAGAUUCAGAAAAAAACACAUCUGAUGUUCAACCACCUCUGCAAAGUAAUGAGGCAGUUCCACAGGAGCCUAACAUUGAAGGUGCUGUUGUGCCCAUACAAGAAAGCAAUAAUAUUGAUGAACCCAACAUUGAAAUUGAUCCUGUAGCUGAAGUCUUAGAUUUAUUAGAAAAUACUACUCCGUAUUCAUCUGACAAACUUCAAGGCCUUGCACUGAGCCAAGAAGAUUUCCUUAAGGCACUUAAAACAACAAAACCUUGUGCUGUCAGAGAAGGUAUUGUUACAGUACCUGAUGUCACAUGGGAUGACGUGGGAUCUUUAAGCCAGGUUAGAAAAGAUUUACAGUUGGCUGUAUUAGCUCCUGUGAAGUACCCUGAACAAAUGAAAAAGCUAGGCUUGGCUGCACCAAGUGGUGUCCUACUCUGUGGUCCACCAGGGUGUGGUAAAACCUUAUUAGCAAAGGCAGUUGCAAACGAAGCUGGGGUCAAUUUUAUUUCUGUCAAAGGACCAGAGCUGCUGAACAUGUAUGUAGGUGAGAGUGAAAGAGCUGUACGAACAUGUUUCAGACGAGCAAGGAACUCUGCUCCAUGUGUUAUAUUUUUUGAUGAAUUUGAUGCCUUAUGUCCAAGGCGAAGCUCCCACGAUAACAAUGGCUCAACAAGAGUUGUCAAUCAAUUGCUAACUGAAAUGGAUGGUAUUGAGAGCCGAGAAGGUGUCUUUGUACUUGCUGCAUCAAAUCGGCCAGAUAUUAUUGAUCCAGCUGUAUUACGACCAGGACGUCUAGAUCGUAUUAUGUAUGUUGGCAUGCCAGCAAAGAAUGACAGACAUGACAUUCUCGAGAAGCUUACUAAAUGUGGGACUAAGCCAAAGUUAGGACCCGAUGUAGAUUUGCAAGUCCUUGCAGAUUUAACUGAGGGCUAUACUGGUGCAGAUUUGUCUGGUUUACUACGAGCAGCUGCAACCAACUCAUUGACAACGCAUAUAACAAAUGGAACCCUGGAGGGCGAUAUAUUUGUUACUUUUAAUGACUUUAGAGCUGCAUUGAGCAAAUGUAAACCUUCAGUUUCACAAAAGGAGCGGGAACAUUAUGACAAACUACGAUUAAAAUAUGCAGAGGGUAUUGAUGAGAAAGAGAUGGAAAUGGAGACUGAACCAACAAACGAGGAGUGUAUGGACACUGUGUAG